UGGCAAUAUUACAGCUACCAUUAUUUAGCCUUCCUCUGCAGAAACACAUAAAAUAGGGGUGGGGGGAAAAGGAGAAAUCCAAAAUUACCAUCGAACAAAAGAAAAAGAAAUAAAUUUUGGGGGAAGAAAACACCACCGUUUGUUUGUUUGACAACUCUGCUUGGGUGCUUCUAGUUGUUGGUUGGUAAGUAUCAGUUUUAUCAGUAGCAGCAGUAGCAGCAGCGGCAGGCGGCAGCGGCAGCCUGGUUUGCGAGUUGUUGGGGGCGGAGGUUGUGAUCCAAAGAUUUCCAUUCCAAUCCCAGACACGAAUUCAAACUCUUUCUCCAACACGAUUUUGAUGGUCCUUUAUUGUUUCGCUUAACUUGAUUGAAAAAUGGCAUCAGCCGUUUUGGCCAGAGUUCUCUCUUCUCACCGCUUCCUUGUUCAAUCUACUUCUUCUCCUCUUUCUCGGAAGACCCAUCUCUUCACAUCCUUCUUCAGCAAGAGACCAUUCAAUUCCGAUCCUGCUUCUUCCCAUUGGUCCUAUAACAAGUCCACAACUCUGUUCUGUAGAAUGGUUUCAUCAGUGGCUGCGUCACAAGUUUCAUUCUCUAAUAUGUCUCUGCAUCCUACGGAACCUGUUGUUUCGGUUGAUUGGCUCCAUGCAAACCUUCGGGAGCCUGAUAUGAAGGUUCUGGAUGCAUCUUGGUAUAUGCCGGAUGAGCAGAGGAAUCCACUCCAGGAGUAUCAGGUUGCACACAUUCCUGGUGCACUUUUUUUCGACGUAGAUGGCAUAUCAGAUCGAGCUACAAAUUUGCCACAUAUGUUGCCAUCAGAAGAAGCAUUUGCUGCUGCUGUUUCUGCGCUUGGUAUUGAAAAUAAAGAUGGGUUGGUCGUCUAUGAUGGUAAAGGAAUUUUUAGUGCAGCUCGUGUUUGGUGGAUGUUUCGAGUUUUUGGGCAUGAUAGAAUAUGGGUUCUAGAUGGGGGACUACCAAGAUGGCGUGCUUCAGGAUUUGAUGUUGAAUCAAGUGCAUCUGGAGAUGCAAUCUUGAAAGCUAGUGCUGCCAGUGAGGCAAUAGAGAAAGUAUAUCAGGGGCAGAGGGUUGGGCCAAUCACAUUCCAAACCAAAUUUCAGCCGAAUCUUGUUUGGACACUUGACCAAGUUAGGGAGAAUAUUGAAGAGAAGACACAUCAACAUAUAGAUGCUCGCGCAAAGCCAAGGUUUGAUGGUGUUGCACCAGAGCCUCGAAAGGGAAUCAGAAGUGGUCAUGUACCUGGAAGCAAGUGUGUUCCAUUUCCUCAGAUGUUGGAUGGCUCACAGUCACUCUUGUCUGCUGAUGAGCUGAAGAAAAAAUUUGAAGGAGGAGGCAUCUCUUUGGACGAGCCGAUCAUAACUUCAUGUGGCACUGGUGUAACUGCUUGUAUUCUUGCACUGGGCCUUCAUCGACUCGGGAAGACUGAUGUUGCUGUAUAUGAUGGAUCGUGGACAGAGUGGGGAGCGAAUCCGGAUACGCCUGUCUCAACUUCUGAGGAGGAGUCUGCAUAAAAAAUAAUAUAAUGCUUCUAAACACGAAUUUCAAGUUUUUGCCCUGGUCCACUAGUCAUCAGUGAUUCUGACGAAAGAAGUUGUAUUCAACGGAAUUUGAUUAUGUAUCUUGAAUUUUUUCAUUUUCUGGGGUGGUGGAUCCAAGAACACAAUUCGAUGUCGUUAUAAAUUUAUUUUGCUUCAA